UCCGAGGCCGCCGGCGGGACUGGAACUGCCGCGCUGGCCGCUGUAGCGUCUCCCUGUGAGUCCUGGUUCCCGUCACGGCCAUGGCUUCCUUCGUGACAGAAGUUUUGGCCCAGUCGGGGAGUCUGGAGAAGGAGGAUCUCGGCACUCGGAUCAGCCGCUUGACCCGGCGGGUGGAGGAGAUCAAGGGUGAUGUGUGCAAUAUGAUCAGCAAGAAGUACAGUGAAUUCCUGCCUAGCAUGCAGAAUGCCCAGGACCUGGUGACCCAGGUGGAUAAGCUGUCUACUGACAUUGACCUGCUGAAAUCCAGGAUAGAGAUUGAGGUCCGUCGGGAUCUUCACGUAUCGACUGCUGAAUUUACAGACUUGAAACAACAGUUGGAAAGAGACUCAGUAGUCCUAAGUUUGCUUAAACAGCUACAAGAGUUUUCUACUGGUAUUGAAGGCUAUAAUUGUGCAUUAACAGAGAAGAAGUAUAUUACGGCUGCUCAGCAUCUGGAACAGGCUCAGAAAUGCUUGAAAUUAUUAAAAUCCAGAAAAUGCUUUGAUUUAAAAAUGUUGAAAUCUCUCAGCAUGGAGCUCACAAUACAGAAACAGAACAUACUGUACCACCUCGGAGAGGAGUGGCAGAAGCUGAUUGUGUGGAAGUUCCCACCAUCAAAAGAUGCCAGCAGCUUAGAAUCUUACCUGCAAACGGAACUUCAUUUAUCCACUGAACAACCCAAUGAAGACAAGAAGGACCCUCGGCCCCCCAUCAGUUCUGUCCUCCUGGCAUUUUCUAUUCUUGGAGAACUACCCAUCAAGCUCAAAUCAUUUGGUCAGAUGCUGCUGAAGCAUAUCCUCAGGCCUCUGGCCUCUUGCCCGUCCAUUUAUGCGGUGAUAGAAAGCCAGCCUAAUACAGUUACUAUUCGCUUUGACUCUCUGGUGACUGACUUUGAACAUCCAUCGCCAUCUGAAGUUUUUACAAAGAUACGACUGGUACUGGAAGUGCUCCAGAAACAGCUUCUUGAUUUGCCUCUUGACCCUGACUUAGAAAAUGGAAAGACGCCUCCGAUGGUAUUGGCGGAGAUGCUUGGUGAUGUGAUCUGGGAAGACUUGUCUGAGUGCCUCAUCAAAAACUGUUUAGUUUAUUCUAUUCCAACCAAUAGCAGCAAGCUACAGCAAUACGAGGAGAUUAUACAAUCCACUGAAGAAUUUGAAAAUGCCUUAAAGGAGAUGAGGUUUUUAAAAGGAGAUACUACCGAUUUGUUGAAAUAUGCUCGUAAUAUCAACUCUCAUUUUGCUAAUAAGAAGUGCCAGGAUGUGAUUGUGACAGCCAGAAACCUAAUGACCUCUGAAAUCCACAACACUGUGAAGAUUACUCCUGAUUCUAAGUUAAGUAUACCAGACUUACCCAGUCCUGAUGAGGAUAACAAGCUAAAAGUACAGAAAGUGUCCAAAAUUCAGUACCACGAAGUGAACUUAGAGCCCGAGAAUACAUUGGACCAGCAUUCCUUUUCUUUGCCCACAUGCCGCAUCAGUGAGUCUGUGAAGAAAUUAAUGGAGCUUGCCUAUCAGACUUUGCUAGAGGCAACAACCAGUAGUGAUCAAUGUGCUGUCCAACUUUUCUACUCAGUGAGGAAUAUCUUCCAUUUGUUCCAUGAUGUUGUGCCAACAUAUCACAAGGAAAACCUUCAAAAACUUCCCCAGUUGGCUGCCAUUCACCAUAACAACUGCAUGUAUAUCGCUCACCACUUGCUGACCCUGGGGCACCAGUUCCGAUUACGGCUUGCGCCCAUUCUUUGUGAUGGUACUGCUACUUUUGUGGAUCUCGUACCCGGCUUCAGAAGACUUGGGACAGAGUGCUUUUUGGCCCAGAUGCGGGCACAGAAAGGUGAACUUCUGGAAAGAUUAUCCAGUGCUAGGAGCUUUUCAAACAUGGAUGACGAAGAGAAUUACUCUGCGGCAACUAAAGCAAUCCGACAGGUACUGCACCAGCUCAAGAGACUUGGAAUUGUGUGGCAGGAUGUCCUGCCAGUGAAUAUUUAUUGCAAGGCUAUGGGGACUUUACUGAAUACAGCCAUUUCUGAGAUCAUUGGCAAAAUCACUGCCCUCGAGGACAUUUCAACUGAAGAUGGUGAUAGAUUGUAUUCCUUAUGCAAAACAGUGAUGGAUGAAGGACCUCAAGUAUUUGCACCUCUGUCUGAAGAAAGCAAGAAUAAGAAAUAUCAAGAAGAGGUUCCAGUCUAUGUGCCCAAAUGGAUGUCUUUCAAAGAGUUAAUGAUGAUACUACAAGCUAACUUGCAAGAAAUUGGAGAUCGGUGGGCUGAUGGGAAAGGACCCUUGGCAACUGCGUUUUCAUCAAGUGAAGUAAAAGCUUUAAUUCGUGCCUUGUUCCAGAACACAGAAAGAAGAGCAGCUACCCUUGCAAAGAUAAAAUAGCUCCAUCUUCCUGAGGAAGCCAUAUUUUGACUAUGUGAUUCCUCCUUGGGUAUACUUAACUCCCUUCAAGACUUCUUGGAAUCAUUUGGUGAACCAAAAUUAAUGGAAUGUUUGAAUUUACUUAAGGACAUCUUACCUCCUGGCCUGUAUGAGGCUUCCUUGAAGAACUGGGUAUUAAGUUGCCAGUUUGAUCCCAAGCACUACAAAAAGGAAA